GCUAUUCCAAAAACGUCUCAAAUUUCGUCAUCUCUGGUUUCCUUUUCUAAAACCCUACGCUCCUCCUCCGGCCGCCGCUCCAUUUCUCGUCGUCGAUCUCCGACUUACGCUGCUGAUUCCUUCUUUUGUUCCUCAUAUCGCUAUCAAUUUCACUCCCGGCGUUGCAUCGACCAGCCAGAGUCUCCCUACCUAUCCGCAAAAAUAUAUUUGCUCUGCUGAUUCAAAAUCUGCAUAAGGUCUCUGCAGGUAAUCUUAGCAGAUUCUGGAAGUUGUCUCUAAGCAAAUCCCUUCAACGAAUCAGCUUCCUAUCAGAAUGUCUAUCACAUCAUUACUUACUUCAGCCACACUUUCUGGUGCCUCAGUGUUUCCUAAGUCACUAGCCUGCAGCACUGACUUCUCAAGCAAUCUCUCAAGUCCCUUUGACAGUUCAAAGAUUUGUUUGACUUCAUUUCCUGCCUCUAGGAAUCCCAAGAAAAAUGCUACUUGGAAUCUGACCCCAAACACUGCUCCGAUCCAAGGUAUCAGGUGUCAUGCUAUGCAAGUUGAGACGAGGGAAUCGUUUACGGCUGGGAAGAAAUUUCAACUUAGUGAUGUGAUUGAAGGGCAACAGUUUGAUAGGGAGAUGCUAAGUGCUAUAUUCGAUGUUGCACGCGAAAUGGAAAAGAUAGAAAAGAGCUCUUCUCAGAGUGAAAUACUCAAGGGCUAUUUAAUGGCUACGCUCUUUUACGAGCCUUCUACACGUACCAGGCUCUCGUUUGAAUCUGCCAUGAAACGCUUGGGAGGGGAAGUCUUAACUACUGAGAACGCUAGAGAGUUUUCGUCUGCUGCCAAAGGGGAAACACUUGAAGACACCAUAAGGACGGUGGAGGGUUAUUCAGAUAUAAUCGUGAUGCGACAUUUUGAAAGCGGUGCUGCAAGAAAAGCUGCAGCUACUGCUAACAUACCUGUCAUUAAUGCAGGUGAUGGCCCUGGAGAGCAUCCUACUCAGGCUCUCUUGGACGUGUAUACCAUCCAAAGUGAAAUCGGAAAACUGGAUGGCAUCAGUGUAGCCUUAGUUGGAGAUCUUGCCAAUGGAAGGACAGUCCGGUCGCUUGCAUACUUGCUUGCCAAAUUUAAAGACGUGAAGAUCUACUUUGUUUCCCCUGAAAUUGUUAAGAUGAAGGAUGAUAUAAAAGACUAUUUGACAUCAAAUGGGGUCGAAUGGGAAGAAAGUUCAGAUUUAAUGGAAGUAGCAUCCAAGUGUGACGUUGUUUAUCAAACCCGAAUCCAGAGAGAGCGGUUCGGAGAAAGGCUUGACCUUUAUGAAGCAGCUCGUGGGAAGUAUAUCGUAGACAAGGAUCUGUUAGGAGUGAUGCAGAAAAAUGCUGUUAUCAUGCAUCCUUUACCGAGAUUGGAUGAAAUCACUCCAGAUGUUGACGCUGAUCCAAGAGCUGCCUACUUCAGACAAGCAAAGAACGGUUUGUUUAUUAGAAUGGCUCUUCUAAAGCUCCUGCUUGUUGGCUGGUGAUGGAUGAUCCUCAAGGUAUAUCCUGAAAUGAACUGAAUCUCAAGUUUGUGACAAGAGGAUUAGUCCCGGCUCUAACCCAUGGCGAGAGAGACGACGGCCUAGGGGUCCAAGGAAUUUUUUUUUUUUUUAAUGUUUUAAAUUUGAUAAAAAAGACUCAUGAUCUAUUAUCCUUUUUGUUUACAGCAAGCCCUUAAUCUAUUAUCUAUAUAGAGAAAUAAGUAAGACCCAUAAUCUAAACUUAUUAUGCAUUCUCAAUU